AUUGGAAACAAAUUACAAAAUCAUACUAAAUAUUUUCUAUUAUAAUUAAAAGUACAUCAAGAACCGUAUGCGAGUAUGUAAAGAUUGUUAUAUUAUGAAAAUCAAAACAUUUAAUGUGUUUUUAUGAACCGUUUUACUUGAAAAUGUUAUUGAACAUCUUUGGUAGCCCUUUGAAAUAAUCAAUUUAUUUUUGUGCUACUUACGAGUUACGACUGGUAUUAGCCAAAACGAUGUUUAAAAAACUAAAAGAUAAGUUGGCUGAGGAAGUAAAGUCAUCCCCUCAGAGGUUACAUCAGUUUGCCCAAGCAGCUCAGGCCGCUGUGACAUCUGCUUCUAGCAGUAUAUCGGACAUUACAAACAAUGAUCUCUUUUCUAUUGGAGACAAUGAUUCUGCAAAUAAGAGCCCUAUAUCAACACCAAACACAAAACUCAAUCCAGGAACCUCUUUUGGAAAACCAGAAAGCAUUAAUGUUAGUUUGGAGGCACCUGACUUCAGCAAUGAUAAUCAAAGACUUAGAAGACUUUCGAACAGUUCAUUUUCCAGUGACAUUUCAUUCCGAUUGCCAAGCUAUGAAAGUCCAUCUAUGUACCACCUGCAAUCUGACAUGGAAGUAUCAGCUAGUGAAGCAGAAGAAAAAUCGCCUUUUGGUGGCAAUGUAAAUCUUGAUCGAGUUACUAAAGAGCAAUUAUAUGCAGCAUACAGACGCACACAAGACAGAUGUAAAAAAUAUAAAACCCAAUAUUCUGACUUGGCAAGACACUAUAAAUUGUUAGAGAGAGAAAAUGCGAAAGCAAAGAAUGUCUUAGUUGAAACUCAGGAUAAAGCUUUAAGAAGAAUAUCUGAAUUGAGAGAACAAUGUUCUUUGGAGCAAAGUGCUAAAGCGCACCUUGAACAAGUACUACGCACUGAAAUUGAGGAAAAAAACAUGAAAAUAGAGUCACUUAACGCAAAUUUAAAUAUUUUGAAAUCAAACAGCGUUUAUCAAAAUGCAGAAAAUAAAGCAGAAUUGUCAUGUGAACAGCAAUUAAAUAGUGAAACAGAAGGUCCCUUAAUAAACUUUGAUAAAGAAAAUUCUGAUUCAUUGCCAAAUGAUGUAACAGUUUUAAAUAGCAAAAUUGAAAAAAUGGAGCAAUUGCUUAAUAAGUACAAAGAAUCAUUAAAAAUAGCAAAAGAAAAAAAUUCACAAUUAACAAUAGAAAUGAACAAAAUCACAACAGAUCUUGAAAACAAGUCUAAAGAAAAUGAGACUCUACAAGCGGAAAUAAAUUUGUUAAGUGAAGCCAAGAAAAACAUUGAGGAAUUAAAUGAAACCAUAGAACAACUUCGCAAUAAAAAUAAUACUCUAGAGUUUCAAAAAAAUAAAGAAUUAUCAAUUGUCGAAAUUAAUCUUAAAAAUGCACAGGAAGAAAUAUUAAAGUAUAAAAGUAAAAUUGACGUAUUGAGCAAAAGAGAAGAGGAAUAUGCCAUAUCUUUGGCGGAAAAUAAGUUAAGCAUCCAUAAGGAACUUGAAAGUAAAGAAACAGAAAUAAAAGCUCUUAAAAUAAGUUUAUCAAGUACUCAAAGUGAAAUUAAAAAUUUAGAAAAGAAAGUGAACGAAUGCAAGAUAGUUAUUGAAGAAAAAGAAAAAGAACACUCGCAAUUGAAAACAAGCCUGAAUGAACUCGAAUUGUGUAAGGCCAAUAUUUCAGAAUAUGAAACCCAACUGGAAGCACUUUCUGAAAAAAACAAAUUACUCGAAAACUCCAAUUCUAAGCUAGAAGAGGAAUACAAAUGUUUACAUUUGCAAUUAAAACAAGAAACUGCUGAGAAGUUGGCUAUGAUUGACAGAAACACUUACCUUGAAAAUAGAAAUGAACAGUUAUUGGAAGAUAACAGUAAAAAGAAUAAUAAAGUAAAAGAUUUAGAAAACGAGUUAAACAUUAUAAAAGACAGCAAAAGUAACUCGUGUGAGUCUACUGAAAAUUCUGAAGAAAUUACAAAAUUGAAUGAAGAAUUACUGUUGUGGAAAAAUAAGUGCACUAAUUUAGAAUCUGAGUUCCAAGAUGAAAAAGUAGAGUUAGGAAAAUUGCAGGCCGAAAUAGAAAAACUAUUGCAAAAUUAUGAACAUGUACAAAAAGAAAACCUGGUCAUGAGCGAGAGUCUGGAACAAGUAAAGAGACAAAAUUGCUUCUUAAAAAAUCAAAUAACAGACACAGAAAGUCUUAAAUGCAACCUUAACGAACUUAAACCAAAAUUCAAAGAUUUGCGUUAUGUCCUUAAAAGUACGGCUGGAGAAGUAAAAGCUUUAAAAUCAUUGUCUACUAAAGAAAUAGAUACAUUUAACAAACAAUUGAAUACAUUGAUGCAAAAUUUUAACCAAAAAUCUAGUGCGCUUGAAGUUGAAGAAAUGAAAUCAAAACUAGCAUCUUUGGAAAAAGAACUUCAAGAUAAAUCGCAACAAUAUUUGCAAAUAACCGAAGAACUGGACAAUGCUAAAAAAAUGCAUGAAAAUUUAUUAGUUGCAAUGAAGGAACAAAAUAUUAUCCACCGAAAACAUUGCGAAGAAAUUAGUGCAUUAAAAGCAGAAAAAUGUGAAAUUGAAACUGAAUUACAGGAAUUUAAAAAACAGUCAGAAAUAUUGGAAAAAAGUGUAUGCAUAGCGAGUACAGAAAAACAAACUGUUUUAGAGCAGAUAAAUAAAUUACAGGAAAAAUAUUCUACGUUAUUAAAUCACUUUAAAAUUUUAGAAGAUGAAAAGAAGCAAUUAAAGAAAGAUGUGCUACAGUUUGAAGAGCUAAAAUCAAAACAAGCAUUUUUGGAAAAAGAACUUCAAAAUAAAUCUGAGCAAUAUUUACAAACUGUAGGAGAAUUAGAAAAUGCUAAAAAAGUGCAUAAAAAGGUGUUAGUUGCAAUGAAGGAACAUAGUAGUAACGACAAAAAACAUGACGAUACGAUUAAGGCUAUGACAGCAGAAAAAUGCAAGAUUGAAUCUGAAUUAAUAGAAUCCAAAAAACAAUUAGAAAUACUGGAGAACAAUGUAAGCAAAUCUAAUACAGAGAAACAAGUUGUUUUAGAGGAGAUGGAUAAAAUUAAAGAUAAAUAUUCCAAGCUGUCCAAUAAUGUUAAUGUUUUAGAGGAUGAAAAGAGGAAAUUGACAGAAGUGCAUGAGAAAAAUAUUGUUUUACUUAAAGAAAGUCAAGAUCGUCUAGUAGCUUUAAACAAAGAUUACGAAGAAUUGAUGAAAAUAAAGCAAGAGAAUGAUAAACAAGCUGUCUAUGUAGAAAGCUUAGAAAAAGAAAUUAAAAAAUUAACAAAAGAAAAUUUAUCACUCAAAGAGUCUUCUGAAAAAAUUUCGAAAAAUCUGGAUGAGAUAGAAACCGAGAUGAAGGAACUAAAAAUAUCACACAUAAAUAUAGUCAAGGAAAAAGACCAUCUUAACAACAUAAUUGAAAAAUUAGAAGAAAAUAAUAAUAAGUCCUAUGAACAUAAGGAAAGUCAGUCGGAUUUAGAGUCUGAGUUGAACAAAAAUAUUAAAAACGUUGAGUCUCUUAAACAGGAAAUAAAAUUGUUACUGCAAAUGAAUAAAGAGUUGACUGAAAAAUUGACAGUUAGGGAUACCGAAAACACAAUUAAUGAAAACAAUGAUUUAUUAACGGAGUGCGAGUUUCUUAGAAAGGAAAACAAACGAUUACUCUCUGAUAUUGAAGGACUACAAACAUACAUGUCAAAAGUUUCUAAAGAAAAUGAUGAACUGAACAAUAAAAUUAGGGAGCUUAUAUCGAGUGGCGAAAGUACCACAGAGCAGAUAGGUGUUUUAAAAGAUGAUACGCAUUCGAAUAAAGAGAAAAUAGAAGAAUUAUUAAGAGAAAACAGUCUAUUGAUAGAAGAAAAUUUAGAACUUAAAGACCAAAUACAAUCACAGACAUUGAAGGAACAUGAUGUUUUGGAUGAUAAUAUUGAAAAAAAUAGACUCAAAAACAAAGACGAGUAUGAACAAUUGGUAAAAAGUAAAGCAGAGCUAGAAAACAGGUUAAGAGAUUUAGAAGAAAUGAACUACAGAGUAAACAGUGACAUGCUCACAAUGCAAGACAAUAAUAAAAAGUUAAAGCUUUCAAACGAAAAGUUGGAGAGGAAGCUAGACGAAGCGCUCGUCAGCUUACGUCAUUUACACUCUCUACAGGAGAACACAGAGCUAGAGUAUUUGAAAAAUAUACUCUAUGAGUACCUUACUGGUUCUGGAACACAUUCCUACACUUUGGCAAAGGUAUUGGCGGCAGUUGUUAAAUUUGACGACAAGCAAACGGACACAGUGCUUCAAAAGGAGAAAGAGAGACAAGGAGUUUUGCGCCAGUUAGGUAUUAUUUGAUCGUUGACACCAAGCAAUUCGGAAUAGGGGAAAUAUUAGUAAGAAGAUAAUAUUUUGUAUUUUAUUACAUUAUAUUGUGUGUAAAUAAUUAUUUGAAUGUAUAAAGUUUUAUUUAAUUCAAUUAUUACAUAUACAUAUUUAGUUCUUACACAUUACUAGAGUCCACUCUCAAACUGUAAUAUAGAUCUAGUUUUAAUUAUACUUCGCACAUGAGCUUCGGGGAACCGGAAAUUUGAUUCCUGAAACUCGCGCGGAUUAUAGUGUUUUUUUUUUCUUUUUUGAAUUUUUUAUACAACACGUCUUUGCAAAAAAAAUAUUCUUGAGAAGACAAAGCGUUAUGCGACUGUAAAGUAUGAGCUGAUUGAGCAAGUCUUAUUUAUCCGUCAUGUUUUAAGUAGAAAAAGAAAAUUAAAGAGAAUGUAAUGUGGUUGGGAAAUAGAUUUUAGACUCAACAGUUUCCCAAGAUUGAGUUUUAUAGCUUUUGCGUAUAUACAUUAUACUAUACUGUACACAAUAUGCUACGCUUAGUACGCUAAACGGCAAUUUUGUGUAGGAAUUUUAAGUACCCGUCUUUUCCGCUAGAGGUGCUGUUGUCAAAGACUUCUAUUUACUUAAUAAAUAGAAGUAUUUUGCUGUUGUGUAUUUAAUUCAGGCAAUCAGGCACAAUGUGUUUCCACAGAAUAUUAGUUGAAUUCUAUGUAUGAACGAAAUUGACUAGCAAUCAUUAUAUUAUUAAUUUAAUUAUUGCUAGUCAAUUUCAUUCGUACGAAAAACGUAAUGCUCUAAGGCCUAAGCAAUUGCUUAAUUUGAUCACUGGCCGCGAGCUGAGCCACGAGACGAUCUCGUAUGAAUAUACGAGAUUUAUACUCACAAGUCACAAUACAUACAUACAGUACAUUUCGGUGAGAUGUGACAUUUUAAUCUUUUUUCCCACAGAUGCCUACAUUUAUGCCGCGGCCGCACAUGCGUCUAUCGUACGAAGCUUCGUGCU